UGUGUGGAGCGUUGUGUUGUGAUGCGCGAACCGCGAGGAAGGACGCCGCAGCCUUGGUGACCAGUGCUCAGUUGUUUUGUCACUCGGAGUGGCACGGGCGUUCGCUCCUGCUCAAUGCUCAUGCAUGCGAGUGCGGAGCCGGCAAGAUGCGGUGGCGGGCGCGCGCGGCCCCUUCCCGCGCCAAAGAGCGCGCCAACAUCAGCUUCUUCAUAUUUAUCAUGUUUUUCGCCGUCUUCGGUGUAAUAGUAUUGACUGAACUGCUCUUAUUAGAACGGCCACCGUCGAAUUCACCGCGCUCGCGAUAUAUUGAAAACCUACAGGGUUGGGAAGGACGCACUGAAAAUGGUGGGGAAGGAGCAGAGCCGCCGCCACCCGCGCACGCGCCGCUCGACGCUGUUUGGCAGCCAGUUGCGGGAACCAGAUUCAGAUUCUACGUAUAUUCGGCCUACGUGGAGCGGCGGACGGUGGCGGCGAUCCGCGUCAUAGCCGCAACGAAGACCCGCGGCGCGGACGCUGUCGUGUGCCGCAUCUGGCUGUCAGACAACCGCACACUCACGCUCAAAGCCAGAGUCAAGCCAAUCCGCGAGAACUGGAAUUUGAAAUACAGCGCCACGUACGUCCUCUGUUUACUACGUGACACGGGGGUGAAGCCCCAGGAGACUGUGGGUGCAUCUAUAUCGAUAGUGGCGGCCGUGUCGCCCAACCGGGCGCCCACAAACCUGUUAACGGUCCUCGACACGGAGCCAAGGAGCGGCAUCGAGGAAACCCUGCACGUAUGCGUCAAGCCAUUCCACUUCUCCUACUCCCGGGACGAGUGGCUCAUGGAAUGGUUUGAGCUGAACCGCCUCCUCGGAGCCAGUCACUUCUACAUGUACAAUGAGUCUUUGAGCGCUCCCGUCGCCUGCCUCCUCGACCAUUAUAGGAAGCAGGGUCUCGUUACUCUGUUACCAUGGAAACUACCGAUUGUAUCAAAGAUUGAAAUCAGGACAGAGGGUCAAUUCGCAGCAUUCAACGACUGUCUCUACCGGUCUAUGUCCACCGCCGGUUGGCUGCUAGUGAUAGACGUGGACGAAGUGAUAUUACCGCGGCGGGAACGCACGCUCGUCGCGUUGCUCACCGCAUUGCGUGCGGCGUACAACCCGCCGUCGAAAGCGCCAUCUGCAUUCUUGUUUCGGAACGCUUUCUUUUAUCUGCGUUGGGAGGAUGACGCGGAAGCCCCUGCACCGCUAGUAACAGCACGCAAGACGCGGCGUUGGGCGGCGCCGCACGCGCUCAAGAACCGCAGCAAGUACGCGUUGCGGCCGCGCGACGCGGUCGAGCUGGGGAACCACUUCCUGUGGGAGCUGGCGCCCGGCGCGAGCUCUGUCGGAGUGCCCACUGAACGCGCCCUGUUGCACCACUAUAGAAUCGCGUGCGAGUACGGCGGCAUGCAGUGCCUCACGGUGCCGUCGACGGUGGACCGCACGGCGCACCGCUGGGCCGACGAGCUGAUGCAGCGCGUCGCCGCUGAGAAGGAGCUGCUCGCACGCGUUUGUCUCAACUGAACAGUGAACACACCAUAUCAUAACUGCGAAAAAUUUGUUCGUAUCAUAGAGUUAUAAAUGAACAGAUUGUUGUGUUUUUUUUUGUAAGGCCAUUGUUGUGAUUUUUUUUGUGGGAUACUUGAAAUAUCAGUGAAAUUAUGAUCAGCUGCUAUAGGUAUUGUUAUUUGUUUGGUUUGCGUUUUGAUUGUAAAUUGCAUUAGAUUAUUUAUUGUGGGAUACUUCACUGUCAUUGUCAGUAAAAUGUUCGUUCUGCUACUAUACAGACGAGUAAAAUAUGUAGUUUAUUUUUCCGAUUUUUCAAAUAUUAAUUAUGUUUUACUUACAUUGCGUACAAAUUGUAGGCAAGGAACGAUGUUUUGGAUUUAAUUUUUAUAGAUGUUCUAAGUGAGCGUUUUUAUUGUUUUACCAUUUUUAUUUUUUACAUUGUUUUCUUUGUAGACCGGGAG